AUGAUUCCAGGUGUACGAAGAAAUGUGAUUGAUUUGCUUAAAAAUAUUGAGCGAAAUAUAUUCAAUUUCUUUAGUCAUCCACCAAGAGAGAUAGCCUACGCGUGUGUAAACGAGAAGCAAAUACAACAUCAAAAGUUUUCAAUUAAGGAUAUCGUUGGCGAUGGAUUUUUAUUAGCAGUACCAAAAUUUAGGAGAACAGUCGAAAAGCGUUGGAAAAGAAAGUUUGGAUCCCCAGAAUACCAAUGGAAAAUGCUUGUACCACGUACUAAUAUCAAGGUUUGCCAUGAAUGUGGGCAUUAUCAUGAAAGAGGACGGCUUUGUGGUAACUGUUAUAAGAAAGUUGAAGCAGAAACCAAAGAAAUCCAAGAUAAAAUUGUAGAAAAACUUGCAAACAAACCAAUUGAGAAUGAAGUUAUUGUUUUGUAUGAUGGUGAAAAUUUACCAGAUCAGCCCAAAGAAUUCUGGCAAGGUAAGAGAAUCAUUGAAAUGAAAAAGGAGAGGCCACAAUUCUUCAGUAAAAAUCUUUUACAGAAGACAACUCAACAACCAUCAGAAUCAACAGAUGUAAAACCUACUGAUUUAGCUUAG